GCCGUGGAAGCCUCAGGACCAAAGCCAAUUGAAGCUUUUCAGCAACAUGGCAUCUAUGGAGGAGUUUCGCCCAGACCCCAGAAUCCCACGGCAGCUAGUCGACCUUCUUAUUGCCAAUUACAGUGUUCCAAAAGCCUGCUUCUCGAAACCCCCUGCCGCGUCCCAGCUGCCACAUCAACUGGACACACUGCAUCUCUGCACUUUUGGAAUUCUGACCACACUUGUCGUUAUAUCUUUGAUCCUGUACUUGGAAGAAGCCUUCUACCUCAGAAGGAAAGUGCUCUGUCCAGUUAAGAGGAAAACACUCCUGUGGAGCAGUGCAUCACCCACGAUAAUCGGCAUUUUUAGCUGUUUUGGACUAUGGAUCCCUCGUGCUUCCAUGUUUGUGGAUAUGGGUAUAAGCACGUAUUUUGCCAUCUGUUUCUACCUGAUUCUGACAGUUAUUAUCGAAGGUUUUGGAGGAAAGAAUGCACUGGUUAAGAAAAUGGAAAAUACUGAUGUCAAUAUCAACACUGGGCCUUGUUGCUGUUGCUGCCCCUGCCUGCCCCGCAUUAAGCUCACAAAGCAGAAGGUAACCAUCUUUACCUUGGCUGUUAUCCAGAUGGCAUUCAUGAAACCCAUAUUCAAUUUCAUUGGUUUGUUCCUUUGGGCUGAUGGAAUCUUUAACCCAGACGAUAUCUCAGCUCAGAGCCUUGCUCUUUGGAUGGGCACAAUUAUUGGCUUCUCCACCAUAAUUGCUCUUUGGCCCAUAGGAAUUCUUUUUCGCCAGGCCAAAAUGAAUCUCAGUGAACAAAACAUUGGGGCCAAGUUUGCAGUUUUCCAGAUCCUACUCAUCUUGACAACUGUGCAAACUUCUAUCUUCAGUAUUCUGGCAGGUGCAGGCCAAAUACCAUGUUUCCCUCCAUAUUCAUCUAAAGCCAGAUCUCAAUUAAUGAACAACAAUCUGCUCAUAGUGGAGACUUUUCUCCUGUCCAUUGUGGCCAGAAAUGCAUACAGAAAGAGAGACGAAGAGGCAGGAUUCAGCUCUAAAACACAACAUGCAUGAUCAAAGAAGAAGAGUACUUCAUUAUACAUGUGCAAGCCAUUUCUUUCCAAAAAAACUGCUUCUGACUGCUAUUUUUUUCUCAGGUGUGUCAUUAUCAACAUCUUGUGGCAGGUUCCACUGUUUGUCAACAAAUAGUUUCUACUGUGUAUGAAAAUUGUUCAAGAUAUUAAACCUUAGUUGAGAGUUAGACAGUGAUUUUCUAAGAUAAUUUGCAACUGAUCCCUAUUUAUUAAAGGGAAUGGAAAGUGAUCAUUGCACCUACUUACCCCACUAUGAUAAAAUAUGCACAAUUUUUAUGCAAAGUACACGGUAUAAUAAAUGCAAUGAAAACCCAGGGAACUCUUAGCCCUUUGCACCUGCAUACGCAACUGACUUGAGCCUAGAGAAUUACACGACACUGCUCUUAUUGACAUCAUCAAAGUGACACCAUUUACACAGAAAUGCAAUAAGGAAGAUCCACACCCUAAUUUGCCCACCUUUAGUGGGUGCCUGCGAUGAAUGUAAUAAUGGAAUUCUGGGAAAAACACCGUGAUUUAUGUCUGAUUUUGUAGACUUUUCAGGGAGAGCUGCUUUGGUAAAUUAGGCUUAAAAUUGGUUUCUUUGGUUGGCAGACUUGGUGCAAAUUUUUAGAAAUUCUACUGUUUCAUUCUGUAACUCACGUAUGUUCAUAUAUUGUAAGACCACUGUUUGUUCUAAUAUUAUUGUAAAGAGCUGUGAAACUUGCUGGCACCAUAUAAAUAAAUGAUUACAUAACCCACAA